AUGGCACCACCGAGUACCAAAGCUCCCCACAGGAAGGCAAUAGGACGACCAGUAGUAAAGAACUGCCGACGGAAUGGACCUCCACAGCACCGACGGCACUACUUUAGUUACGCCAAGCAGCUCCACAUCAUCAAUUGGCGGAAGCAGCAUUCCAUGGACUCGGCUUUGGACACUUUUUUCUGGGGCGCCGAAGGGAUUGCUCGGUCGUCAGCCUUCAAACGUGUGCUGCGAUGGGAACACAACCGCCCCCACAUCACCAAGAUGGCAAACAUCCCAGCGACUACAACCCAGAACAUCUGUCGCCCCGCUGGAUGUGCAACCACCUUAUCAAGUGAAUAUGAGGAACAAAUUCCGCAAUGGGUGUGCGAUAUGCGAUCUGAGGGUAUCCCAGUAAGCAAGUUCCUCUUGCAAUGCAAGGCACUGGAGGUGGCUAAAGACCUCGGCUUGACCGACAAUCGGUUCAAGGAAAGCCCAUCGUGGAUUUCGGGCUUUAUCAAGCAACGAGGGGAGGCGGCUCUAGCAGCGUUCAGCAACCGAAUCCGCCAGUUGGUGCAAACGGAAGCCAUCGACGACAUCUACAAUGCCGAUCAAACCGGAAUCAACUUUGAGUACAUCCCCAAACACGCCAUUGAUCGCUGCGGGGCCAAUACCGGGUGGAUUCGCUGCUCCGGCCACGAAAAGGACAGGAUGACGGCCAUGCUGCUCGCCGACAACAAGGGAACGAAGUACCCCAUGUUCUUGGUCCUAAAGUCAAGAGCACCAAAGGUGAAGGCAACAGUCGUCGAGAACCUCACCAAGCGGAACGGAUUUGGCCCUGUGGUGUGCCCCGAGGUUGAAGAACUCCAUGAACGCCACGCAUCGCGCUUGUACGGCAACCGAAUUUCUCAGUACUACUUUGGAUACCGCAAGGACAAAAACAUGAAGAAAAUCCUACUAUUGUGGGACGACUUCAGCACCCACUUCAGUGACGACGUGGUCGCCUGCGCCGAAUCCUUGGACGUAUUGCUCGAGAAGAAUCCACCUACCUUCAAGCGGGUUUGCCAACCGGCCGACGUUGCUUGGAUGAAGCCGUUGAAAGCGUCCAUGCGCCUUCGUUGGGUCACAUAUCUGCGCCAUGAAAUACAAAACCAAGACAGAUCAAGUGCAACCUUCAUUCAAGUUGCGACCACCGUCUCGCGACAAUCUCGUUGA